AUGACGCUAAGCGACCCGCCGAGGGCAGCGCUCUCUACGCUUGAAACUCGACAUCUUGAGCUCGUCAGAAACACUGUGCUGCGCAUUCUCUCCACCAAGCAGGCCGAGGACGUCUUCGCCGAGGUAGCAGACGGUCUACCAACCCAGGAAACAGCAAAGUACAAACCUCAUUGCGAUGAAGAAGAGUUGGAUGAUAGGACGCAGCCCAGCGCUCGAGCGCGGGAUCUCGUACGAACCUGGAGAUCUGACUUUGACCUCGGGUCUCUAGAACUCGAAUCAAACGUAAUAUCGACAUAUCAGCAGACUCCGCUCCAAGCGCGCGAAUUUAAGGCGAGGCUGAUUGAAAUAACAGCGGUGGUCAUCCACACCCUCGCCGCGCUUCUUUUCAGCCAUACCAAUCAUCCACCGUACAAGAAGCCCCCGCCAAAGAACAAGAUCGUCAUGGUAGAUGGUUGGCCACAGGUAACCGACGAACUCGUUCCCAGCCGGGUACCCACAUAUCUCUACCACAAUGACUACCUGGAUGACGAUAUAUAUCCCCUGGGAAUCGCAGACAUCGCGGCCUACUGGGCCGAAACACACCUCUUCGGGGGUGUGGUGGUUUUCUACCAAGGCGACAACGAGACCGAGCUGCCAACGGAUCUUCUCCCUCCAUCCAGUUUGCCAUUAGACGAUAAACGGUUCUUGGACGUCUACCUGCACCCCGACUGUCGCUUCAAGGUGUUCAGGCUGUCAGAUGCACAGAUAGACCAGUUCGUCGGCUUUGGCGUCCACGGAGAACCCUCGGCCUCUUCGCCGUUCCCUCUCAAACCCGAGAGAAACACCGUUCGUCUUUUCCCGGCAAUAGCAAUGUCGCAUUACAAUGUAUAUCGGAGCAAGAAUGACCGUAAGGUGCGCGAGAUAGACAUCGCUAGGCUUAAUUGGGGCGGGCGGAUGGAGGACGAUCCGCAGAUGAUGGAGCUUGUCGAGGAGAGGAAGAAGGCCGAACUCAAGCAAGGGAAUGAUGGAAUAUAG